AUGCAAGGCUUCAACAUGGGCCGCUACGUCCCCCCAGACCUCGAAGGCCUCCUCACCUCAGGCAACCCCCUCCACAAAAAACAUCCCCUCGGCCCCCGCGCCUCCAAACCCGGCCUCCUCACCGUCCGCUUCGAGAUGCCUUUCCCCAUCUGGUGCGCCACCUGCCCCCAACCAACCCUCAUCCCCCAAGGCGUCCGCUUCAACGCCUCCAAAUCUCGCUCCGGUUCCUACCACACCACCCCAAUCUACACCUUCACCCUCCGCCACCCCCCUUGCUCCGGCACCAUCACCAUCCAGACCGACCCCAAAAACACAGACUAUGUCGUCCUCUCGGGCGCCCGGAGACAAAACGUCGCUACCUCGACUGAUGAUUUAGUCACGACGAGCAUCAAGACGCAGAGGGAAAAGGAAGAGGAGAGGGAGACGGCGUUUGGGAAGCUGGAAAAGACGAUUGCGGAUAGGGAGCAGGCGAGGGAUGCGACGGUUAGGAUAGAUGAGUUGCGGGAUAGUAAUGAGAGGCUGUGGGAGGACCCGUUUACUGCCAACAGGAGGCUGAGGGCGGGGUUCAGGGAGGGGAGGAAGAGGCGGGAACGGGAGGAGGAGAGGGAUGAGGGGAUAAGGGAGAGGAUGGGGUUGAGGAUCAAGUUGCUUCCUGAAAGGGAGGAGGAUGGGUUGAGGGCGGGAUUGGUUGAUUUUGGGGGUGUGUCCGAGGGGAACGAGGGGAUGGGGGUGGAGAGGGUUUUGGCGAGGCCGUUGUUUGAGGAUGGGAAAAAGAAAGAGGGGCUUAAAAAGGAGGGAAAGGGGAGGUUGAAGAGGGAUAUUAAAGCUGACAGGAUGAGGGAGAGUUUGGUGGAGGAGAUUAGGACAAAUACCAGGGCGAUGAAAGACCCGUUCUUGGUUGCUUUUGGGGAUAACAAAAGCAGCAGGGACAAGGGGGGUGGUUUGCUUCCUGGGUUAAAGAAAAGGAAGCGGGGGGCAGAGGACGAGGGUGAGAAACCGAUACCGGCACUGGCACCGACGCAGCCAGAAGAUACCCUCGCUGGAGGUGGCAAAGGGGAGCUUAAGCCGACAGCGCCUGCAGGGCAGCGUGCUCUACUCGUGAGUUACGACUCUGACUCGGCUUAA